GUGGCAUUGGUGCCACAUACACUUACACACGCAAGCAUAAUAUAUUAUUUGUGUUAAGACUUAUUGCAAAAAGAGAAGUGUAGCAACUGUAUUUCAAUUAGCAUUUGCAAUCACUAUUUGCAAGUAAUUAUAGUAACUCAUAAAUGGAACGCCAAGCGUAUAAAACGCACAAACGCAUGAAAUUCUAAUAGGACAUAGCGUCAGUGCAAGCAAUAGGCACUGGCAAAAGUUUUUUUUUUUUUGAGGAUAUGACGACGCGGACACGUCAGGAUGAGCGCAUUUGCUCAAGUGGAAUGGUUGAGGAUGAGGCUUUUGCUGCCGCCUAUCACAACUUGCCACCACACAGUCCGGAGUUUGCCAAUUUUUUGGCACAUCAGCAACAUCAGCAGCAGCAGCAACAUCAGCAGCAGCAACAGCAUCAGCAGCAACAACAUUUGUUGCAUCAGCAGCAACAACAGCAGCAGGGGCAAGGGCCAUUAAUGUGGCCACCACACAUGGGUGUCCAAUUUCCACCGCACCAUCCCCACCCACCACCGCCACCAGCACAUCAUCAUCAUCAGCCACCACAACCGCAGCCAGCUCCAUCUCCGCAUGUCUAUAAUGAAUAUCUAUACAAUCUGGCGUACUCCGGACCACCAGGUCAAACCGAAACGUACUCUGUGCUGCCUGUAGGCCAUGGCAAUUUUCUUAAAGUCUAUCACUGUCCAGAGAAUGCAGUCAACGACGUUUACGCCCAGCAUGCGGCAGCGGCAGCAGCAGCCAACUACUCGCAUAUCAAUAUUGCACCAUCGAAUCAGCAUCAGCAUCAUCAGGCAUCUGCGUCAGCCGUACAGAACCAGGCACAGCCGCCAUCAACAGCAGUACAGCAAACACCACUUUAUGAACUGUUUGCUACCAGUCCUUUGCUGCCAAAGCCAGAGAUGAACAUUGUAAACCAGCAGCAGCAGCAACAACAGCAGCAGCAGCAACAGCAACAACAGCAGCAGCAACAACAGCAACAACAACAACAGCAGCAGCCACCUCCACAGUUUCAUCAGGUUGAUGAUAUCCCCGCUGGCGUCACUCCUGCUGUAGCCAGCAGCAGUAGCGCUAAUUUGUUUAUCAAUAACCUUGUAAAUAACUGGUCUCCCAAUCUAACGGGCAGCAGUUAUAUACAGUUCGGAGCUGAGGCGCCCGAAAUGACGAACGCCUAUGUGGAAGCCAAGCAUAUCCCAGCGAAAGCGCCACAGCAGCCAGCAUCGCCUGUUAAACUGCAGCAGCCACCGCCUCUAGCUGAGUACCAUGUUAAAAGCGUAGAAGUACAGAAAAUUAACCCAGGCAGCAAAGAUGCUACCCGAAAUCCAACAUUAGCAACAGUAGCAGCAGCAGUAACAACAACAACAACAGCUGCUUCAACAACAGUAAACACCACUGCCCUAAAGAAGCCACCAAUUGUGGUGUCUGGCUUGCCCGAGGGCAAGAAGCGCAUUGUGGCUGAGGUGAAGCCUAUGCCCAUGUCCUAUUCUGAUGUAUUGAGCAAGGGCAGCACAUUGCGUGGCACCUCGACAACAAUGCUCGCUAGCAGCCAUGCGGGCAAUGAGACGCGAUCAGUGAACAAUUUAGAGAAUGGUCAUCCAACACAACGACGAGCAGGCAAGGAGGAUAACAAUGGCAAUCGGGAGUUGCGCAACAAUGCUAAGCGUUCGCCGUUGCAUGAAAUCAAGGAUGGCCAAUCCGGCAAUGCAACAGGACAUCGCAACAAGAAGCGGCAGCAGUCCAAUCAAGGAUCACAGGCAAAAGCGUCAUUGCAGCAGCAGCAGCAGUCGCAGCAACAACAACCGCAGCAACAACCACAGCAGCAGCAGCAGCAGCAGCAACAACAGUUUCAACCAUCCUUCAGGUCUGCUAAAGCCAAUGCUGAAAAGAAGCGCUCUACCCAAAUGAAAUUUGUGAACAACACGAAUAGCCCGAAUAAUCUUAAUGGAUUCGGCGCCAAAGCCAACGACAGUAAGGUUAACAAUAAUAGCAGCAGCGGCAGCAGCAGCAUUGCUACCAGCAACAGCAGCAGCGCACCCAGCAGCAGCAGCAAUAAUAAUUUUUCAAGCCGAAAGUCAAACAAUGGCAGCAACAACAAUCGCAGCAGCAGCAGCAGCGUUCACAACAGUAACUCGCAUGCAAAUUACUCGAAUGCCAAUUCGAAUAAUUCCAAUAGCAACAACAACAGUCACCACAACAUCAGCAGCAACAGCAAUGGCAAUAACAAUGGCAAUUCCUCAUCGUCGUCGAAGCGCUAUGCGGGCUCCUCGAAUGCAAAUUUAAGCUCCAACUCUGGAUCAUACUCGUACUCCUCGAAGCGCAAUCGAAGCAGCGCAUACGGUUCAUCCAAUUCGCCAGCACAUGCUAGCGCUUCGAAUCGCAAUUAUGAGCUGGCCCAACGCAUUCUGCACACCUGGUGGAUAUAUACGCUCAAGUUGAUUACCUGGCUGUUCUAUUUGGUCUACGACAUUGUCGUGCUUGGCUGCAGCAUGGCGUACGAACGCCUGACCACAGCGUAUUUGGCUGGUGUCGCCUAUGCGCGCCAGCUGCACAAGGAACUGAAGCAGAAUUCCGGCAAACCGAGCAUCUGGUGGCGCAACUAUUGGCGGCGAUUCGAUGCGCGCUUCAAAAAGAACUCUCGCUGGGCACUUUGGCGACGAUUCUACAAGCGAAAGCCGCCGGAGGCUAAUGCAGAAGCAUUCAAAACGGGUCGCCUGCCUCAGACGGGUGAAGAGGCCAUGUACUCACUGUUGAACUGCAAGGGGAAGGAUGCCUACAGCAUACUGGGCGUCCCGCCGGAUAGUCCACAGGAGCAGAUACGUAAACACUAUAAGAAAAUUGCCGUUCUGGUACAUCCGGAUAAAAAUAAGCAGGCGGGCGCGGAGGAGGCAUUCAAGGUGCUGCAGCGUGCAUUCGAAUUGAUUGGGGAACCGGAAAAUCGUCUUGCCUAUGACCAAAGCAUUGCCGAAGCAUUGCAUGCGGAAAAGGCGUGGACGGAGCUACACGACUUGCUAUCGCAAUUGCAAACCAAAAUGACCGAGGCGGCCAAUACUAUAAGAUGUAGCACCUGUGCGCAACGUCAUCCUCGUAAGCUAACUGAACGUCCUCAUUAUGCAGCGCGCGAAUGCGCGUCCUGCAAGAUACGUCACUCGGCCAAGGAUGGUGAUAUUUGGGCGGAGACAAGCAUGCUGGGUCUGCGCUGGAAAUAUUUGGCGCUCAUGGAUGGCAAAGUGUACGACAUAACCGAAUGGGCCAACUGCCAGAAGGGUGCGCUGUCGCAUCUAGAGCCUAAUUCUCAUAUGGUACAGUAUCGCAUUGUGCGCGGCGCUCAACAGCAGCAGCAACAACAACAGCAGCAGCAGCAACAACAACAUCAGCAGCAGCAGCAACAUUCACACCAGCAGCAAUCGCAAUCUCAUGCACAUCAUCCUGGCGGACCAGCCAGCGGCGUUAGUGAGGCUACGCUGCACGAGUUUUUGGACAAUUUGUAUAGCGGUCAGCAUCCGGGUGCGCCCAAUGCCACGUCCUUUGCUGGUAAUGCACGCCGUCGCACACGCCGCAACUAAAGAUCGCUGUGUGUGAACCGUAGACUUAAGUGUUUUUAAAAUCUCCAAUUUACAGCUCUUAUAAGCAUGGCGCCGUUGGCUGCUUACUCAUAUAGAUAAACUCUAAAUCUAAUAGGCCAACAUCAGCGCAACCAUCUCCCAAUUUAGUACACACACACACACGAAUAGACCACAAGCGAAGCAGAUUAAGUUCUAUAAUAACUCUACUCGACAUAAGUACAAUGACUACCAAUUGCUGUUUAUGAUUUAUUAUAUUUGUGAAUUUUUGUGUUAAUAAUGGUCUGGCAUAAGUCUAAGGGCAUUCCGAUAGCCCAUCACUUAAGUAGUUGACGUCUGUGUUCUACAUUUUACUUUCUGCCUACUGCUUAUGAACAGCUUAACACGCUUAGCUCGUAGCAAAAACAAGCCUAAUUUUAAGUUAAAAUUAUAGAUCGUAAACGGCUUAUACGCCACGCCAUGGCGUAUAAACUGAAAAAUAUAUAUGUAAAAUCUAACACAUCCGAAUUAUAAAUGUUAAUAAAAAUCAUAUA